AUGGCGGCGGAGACAGCUCGCUCGUCCUUCGGACGGCGCCAGAAGGAGCGGGUUCGCGAGGAAUUUCUCAAGCUGGUUCAAGGCAUGUUGCAAGGCAACGGAACGGCGGACAACGUGGCUACUGCCCUCGCCUGGUGCCUGGAGCGUGUUCGGGACCACAAAUGCAUGGACACCAACUCCUCGGAAGUCAAACGAGACUUUUCCGGUCUUCUGGAGAAGCUGCGUGUGCACUCGCAGCUGGAUGCUGCGGCCUACUUGGAGGAGCAGUUUAACUCCUUCAUGACGUGCGAGCUGAGACGUCAGUUUACUGUCGAGCCCCAUGCUGCCAUCCUUCGUGCCCUGCUGCUGUUGGCCUGCUCACCUACGCAAGUUCCUGGACGUGUUGUGCGCAUGCUCCGUGGAAUCUACGAGAGCCGGAAGAAGCGUGAACAGCAGCAGCAACGCCAAGCCGGCGAGCAGGCGCAGGAUAGAAAGAUUCUGAUGGAGCUCGAGCUGCAGCAGGUGGCCGACAAUGCUUGCGAGGAAUGGGAGGAAGCCUGGUCCAUCGCUGAUCUGGUGAUGGAUGAGACCGUGUCACCUCGCACUGCUGGAAGUGGGUCCGUCAGCGAGGCUUCAAGCGAAGGCCUCAGCGACCGCGAGCAGCCGUGGCCGGAGGAGAUCCUGCCUGAACCGUCAGCAGAUGAUGUGGCUCUGCGAGGCAGCGAUCACGGCCGCCUGCCGCUGCCUCACCAACCUUGGCAGGAUGCUUUGCAGGAGGAGCGCUUCCUCCUUGAGAAGUACUUCCGCGGCGAGGAUCAGGAGUACCUCAUGGCGCUGCCGCUGUCGGAGGAAACCCUUCUUCAGAUUGCCACUCAGAUGCUUUGCGGCUUCUACGGCGAGAUGGUGGGGCCUGACAGUGAGGGGACUCUCCGGUGGCGACCACUGCACUUGCCGGGCCUUGGCCUUGGCCCCGAGGCCCUGGAAGCACCUUUGAAGCAGCUCGCAGACUUCGGCUCCUUGCUUCAGGAGCUCCGGAGUGCCAGCGCUCUGCUUGAAACGGUGGCCGUUCCCCCUCCCUUUGCACCCCGGCCGCUGGUGGAGUCUUUGGCUCAAGGCCUGAAAGACGGAACGGUCUCUGAUCUCACCGGCUUGGUUCGAAUUUGGGACUUGUGGCGAAGCGGGUUUCUGAGCCAAGAGCCAGAUCGCCCCGAGCCUGUUAAUGCCUUCGGCUUGUGCUGGCAAAGCAUGGGCCUGAUGCUGGCUGAGUUUCUCUCCAGGUUUGUGGAGGAGUUACAGCACUUCGAAGCAUCAGCUCCAGAUCCAGCCAUGCCACGAACGUUAAUGCGACUGCUGCAGCUGACAGAGCCCUGGUCCGAGGCUGCCGACGCUGUAAGGAAUAUCUUCGAUACUGUGCUCCAGGCAGUGCACCGGCGCCAGAAAGACAGCAGUGCAAUGCUCACGAGCCUUAUGGCUGAGGAGCUGCUGUCGGCUCUGAGCUGCUGUGUGAGCAGCCAGAGCUUGCACUGCUUGCGCCCAGAAGCGUUUCGGGAAGGAGUUCUUCGCGACCUGGUCUCAGAGCUUUGGUGUGGGGCCGCCCGACCGCUUCUGCGUGCAUCCGAGCAGUGGGGGAGCCUUGGAGACCUUGGUGAGCUGGGUGCCUCCGAGUUUCUUUCCGAGGAGGGCUUGCCCUCUCUUCUGCCCCCAGCAGUGGCUGGUGCGGGUCGUAGCGUUGCUGCCUUGCGGGCUUGGUCCGAGGCCCGGGGGGCCAGCAGGGAACUGUGA